CAGCCAAGGGUGUGUGCACCUUUACCUGGCCUCAGCUGCUCCAUCAGCUCCUCUGAUGGUACAGCCUGCCCGUGCUGCUGCUGCGACACAAACAAGCUGCAGCACGCACCACGAGCACAGAGACUGAGGGAGAACAGGCAGACAGACACACAGGAAGGAGGGAAACGUACACCACCAUGGGAUGCUGUAACAAAAGGUGCGGGCUCAUAGCUGGAGCUGUGUUUGGGGCUGCGGUGGCAAUCCUGGGUGGCAUCCUGAUCCCUGUGGGCAACAGCAUCAUCCAGGGGACAGUGCACAAGGAAGUCGUCAUUGAGCCAGGAACGACGGCUUAUGACACAUGGACGGCUGCAGGGAUAACGGUGUACAGGCAGUUCUGGUUCUUUGACUUGAAAAAUCCACUGGAGGUCUUGCAAUAUGGGGCAAAACCAGCAGUGGUGGAAAAAGGACCUUACACAUACAGGACAAGAUAUCUUGCCAAAGACAACAUCACAUUUUACCCCAAUCAAACUGUGUCCUUCCUGCUGCCUUUUGGUGCCAUCUUCGAUCCGUCCAUGUCGGUGGGGACAGAGGAAGACCUGAUUACCUCGCUCAACCUGGCGUUGGCUGGAGCUUACUCACUGGUUCCAACACCGUUGCAUGGAGUUUUGGAGAAAAUGAUAAGGGACUCCAACUCCUCCUUGUUCCACUACCGCACAGUGAAGGAACUGCUUUGGGGCUACAAGGACCCCAUGCUCAAAGAAGAUGUUGGACUCUUUUUGGAUUACAACAACACAUUUGAUGGCAUCUACACCAUCUACACUGGGAAAGGUGACGUCUCCAAAGUUGGAAUGAUUGACAGCUGGAAAGGAAGCAAGAGCUUACAGUUUUGGAACGACCCUUAUUGUGACAUGAUCAAUGGGACAGAUGCUUCCUCUUUUGCUCCUUUUGUGGACAAGAAGAAACCCCUGUAUUUCUUCAAUUCAGACAUCUGCAGGUCUGUAUCAGCCAGCUAUGAGCAGACAAUGGAUCUGAAAGGGAUUAAAGUAUACCGUUAUUCCCUCCUGGAUUCCACCCUGGCCUCCCCGACCGUUAACCCAGACAACAAAUGUUUCUGUUCGGACAUGAAGAGCACUAAGAACUGCACCUUGGCCGGAGUCCUGGGCCUCAGCACCUGUCAAGACGGAAGACCCAUUUUCAUGUCUCUGCCUCACUUCCUGCACGGCAGUCAGUCACUGAGGGAGGACGUGCUGGGCCUCAACCCUCAUGUGGAGCACCAUAAAACAUUUCUGGAUAUAGAACCUACCACUGGAUUUACUCUGAAUUUUGCCAAACGAAUUCAAGUGAAUAUGAUGUAUGGACCAUCAAAGGUCAUCACGGUGCUCAAGAAAGUCAAAGACUAUACCUUAUUUCCUCUUGUUUGGCUUAAUGAGACGGCCAUGCUGGAUGAUGAAACCGCCGACAUGUUUAAGAAAGAGCUCAUGUCUCGUAUCCAGAUAUUGGAGAUUGCACAGCAGGCACUGCUGGGCGUGGGUAUCGCCAUCUUUGUCCUGUGUCUCGUCUCCUACUGCGUGGUGAAGCGGAAAGAGAAAAGCAACAAAAGCAAGCUUAUUCAUUGAUUAUAAUCACGUAUCUGUUUG